AGAACACAACCUUUCUCUUCUACAAAAACACAUUUCACAAACACCAUUUUCCUAGAAAUCUAUCAAUCACUUCCUAAUUCUAAGAAACAAUGAAACAAACAAGAAACUGUCACGAAACUUCAAAUUCAAUAAACUCUUCAAAACCUCAAAAAACAGAGACAAAAAAACAGAGCAAGGUGAAGAAAAACAGAGUCUUUAGCAACCAUCCAGUUUAUCAUGGUGUUCGAAUGCGAAGUUGGGGCAAAUGGGUAUCUGAAAUUCGUGAACCUCGCAAGAAAUCACGAAUUUGGCUUGGAACUUAUGCUACUCCCGAAAUGGCUGCAAGAGCACAUGAUGUUGCUGCUUUAAACAUAAAGGGUCAUUCACCUAUUCUUAAUUUUCCCGAAAUAGCUCACGUGCUUCCUAAACCAAUCACGUUGAAUCCACGUGAUAUACAAGUUGCUGCUGCAGAAGCUGCUUCAAUGGUGGAAUUUGAUUCUGAGAUGUUACACUCCGACUCAGGUGAGUCAUGUUCAUCAUUUUCAUCAGAGUCUUCAGAGCUGAGUGAGAUUGUUGAGCUUCCUAAUAUAGAAGAGAGUUUUGACUCGGUUGAGUUGAGAAGUGAGUUUAUUUUGAUUGACUCGGUGGAAAAUUGGGUGUAUCCGUCAGUAGAAAGUUUGUGUGACAUGGUGAUUGAAGAACAGAGUUUUAUGUUAUGACUUAUGAGAGUUUUAUUUUAUGUUUGGUUGGCUAUUUCAAUGUCUUGUUCCUUUUGUAAUAUAAGUACCCUCCAACUGAAUUUCAUCCCUUCUUAUUCUCAAAGUGUGCAUAUAUAGUAAUUAGCUCAUCUUGAUGUAGGACAGAAUUCGGUUGGAAGAAAGAACUCACAUUGUGUGCCUGUAGGUUCCCCGAUAGAGAUUAGUCAUCGUUAACGGCGGUGAAAACUUCAUAAGUGAUAUGUGGUGUAGAAAAGUAAUCUAGGAGUUUAAUUUAAGAAUUGAAGUUUGAUCAAUUUUACACAGUUUUAAUCUUAACUGUUUAUUUUUUAAUGCUAAGUUGUUUAGCACUAGGGUUGAACUUGUUUUGGAUCAAGAGCUUCUCGGUUAUACUA